AUGACGGAGUCUUGUGCCUUGGGAUCGGUGAAGUUUAAGGCGGCAUGGGUGGCCGAUGUGACGCAAGCAGUACACAGUGUCUAUGUCAACUUUCAUCCUUACAUUGCCGUCGUUUUGUGCAUGACUGGCACAUUGAUGAACAUCUCGACCGUCCUCGUCCUCACUCGUCCCUCAAUGAUUUCAGCUGUGAAUUUGUUGCUUUGCGCGGUCGCCAUCUGUGAUGUCAUUGUCAUGAGUUCUCUAUCGAUUUUUGUCUCGCAUUUUCUUCUCACUGCUCAAAAUCGCUGUGAUCCAUCGGAUUGGAGCAAAUCGUGGGCGUAUUUUCUCUACUUUCACUCGCAAAUCACUGUGAUAUUGCACGCGACGAGUAUCUGGUUGACGGUAAUCCUCGCACAAAUCCGUGUGCUCACCAUCAGAAAGGCGAGAGUCGGCCCGACGGAGGCAAUUGGAGUAAAAGGGACGAUGGCCAUCUCAAUCAUCACACUUCUCGUUUGCACGACGAUAAAUAUGCCUAACAUGCUUACGUUUGAGAUAGUUGAAAUUGAAGCCGAGCACUAUCUGCAAUGUUUGAGUGAGGAUUAUGGAGAGGAGCUAUUAACUCUUUCGUCGAAUCUCACUCAAACACUCGUUUACCCGAUUCGGCCAUCACAAGACGAUUGCGGACUUUUAAAAAUCGCCUAUUGGACAAACGGUAUUUUGUUCAAAGUGGUCCCCUGUAUUCUCCUCACUUUAUCCAUCGUCGCUUUGUUGAAGAUCAUAGCUGAUGUGGCGAAUCGGAGAAAGAAUUUGGCACAAGUGAUGAAUAAAAAGAAGAUGCCCCGAGAUCACACAACGCCGAUGCUCGUCGCUGUUUUGUCAAUAUUUUUGAUAGCCGAAUUGCCACAAGGGAUCUUACACGUGUCAAAUGCGAUUUUUGACACCGAAUCCUUUAAUGCACCAGUGUACACUCCAUUGGGCGAUUUGAUGGAUUUAUUAUCCCUCAUCAAUUCCGCUGUCAAUUUCAUCAUUUACUGUGCGAUGAGUCGGAAAUUUCGCUCGGUUUUCCUCAAUCUUUUCCUCGGUUGUUUGCCGGCGAAAAUUGCUAGCAAAUGGCAAGACGAUUGGGGUGGAGAUGGGGACACGAGUCGACCUAGACCAUCUGGAUACACGGGAACCGAGCAGUUAGCCUUAACUUCAUCAACUCAUCGCCCAUCAGCUUCGUCACUUUUGUUGCGAUAUGGAUCAAGAGAGAAUCUGCCUAAAAUGUACACGGGGAACUUGCUGACCACUGAUGAACGAGUGAACGGCCGCUCGUCACCUCUUCUUUCAGUGCCAAACAAUAAAACCCAUCGAAUCUCUUUCGACUCAUCAGCUGAUGAAGAUGAACAAAGAAAAAACACUGAGAUUACUGAGAUAAACCUCCCCGUUCCAUCGAUUCAUCAAAAAGCGCAACCGGCUACGAUCAAACUACGCUUCAAUCCCUUUGAAAAAUUAAGACGUUUCUUCGAAUCGGAAUCCUCAUUUGACAGCCCGAAAAGACGUGCCAAUAUCUUGCAAUUCGAGACGAGUAGUGUUUAU